CGUUAGCAAAGAGGCUAAGUUGAACCAUCAUCAUCAUCCUUUAUUCCUUCCUUCUUUGCUCGCCUCCUUGCUUCGCGCGCCCGACGCUCGCGCGCGCACCUCCAUCUUUCCAGCCACCACCAUGUCCUCCUCACCCUCCAUCAUCACAUGCAAAGCUGCGGUGGCAUGGGGAGCUGGACAGCCUCUGGUGAUCGAGGAAGUGGAAGUGAGCCCGCCUCGACCCCAGGAGAUCCGCAUCAAAGUCGUCGCCACUUCCCUCUGUGGCAGCGACGUCAACGCUUGGGAAUUCAGGAAUAUAUUUCCUCGCAUAUUUGGCCAUGAAGCAGCUGGGAUUGUCGAGAGUGUGGGGGAGGGAGUGACGGAAUUCAAGGAGGGAGACCACGUGUUGACGUUGUUCAUGGGCGAAUGCUAGAGAUGCCGGCACUGUACAUCGAAUAAAAGCAACAUGUGCCAAGCACUUGGGUUGGAAAGGAACGGCGUGAUGCACAGCGACCGAAGGACGCGCUUCUCCAUCAGAGGCACUCCUAUAUAUCAUUACUUGGGCGUUUCGAGUUUCAGCGAGUAUACGGUGGUGCACUCGGGGUGCGCCGCCAAAGUCAGCCCAACGGUACCUCUACAAAAAAUAUGUAUUCUCAGUUGCGGAGUAGCAACAGGUCUAGGUGCGGCGUGGAAUGUGGCCGAUGUGUCCAAAGGAUCAAACGUGGCAAUAUUUGGUCUUGGAACUGUGGGUCUUUCUGUUGCACAAGGUGCCAAACUUCGGGGGGCUGCUCAAGUAAUUGGUGUGGAAUAUCCUGAGAAGGGCGAGAAAGCAAAUUUUUUUGGAGUUAAUGUAUUUCUCAAUCCAAAGGACUAUGAUGAACCCAUUCAUGAGGUCAUCAAGAGGAUGACAGAUGGGGGUGCUGAUUACUGUUUCGAGUGCACUGGCGAUACAAGAGUAGCUUCGACUGCAUUGCAGUCUUGCUGUGAUGGAUGGGGUAUGACUGUGGCCCUCGGCGUGCCGAAAGCAAAGCCAGAAAUGACAGUUAACUGUGGACUGCUGCUCAGUGGGAGGACAUUGAGAGGUUCCACGUUUGGAGGAUGGAGACCAAAAUCCGAUAUGCCAUCAUUGGUGGACAAGUACUUGAACAAGGAAAUCCAGGUGGAUGAGUUCGUCACCCAUAACUUGCAAUUUGAGGAGAUCAACAGAGCUUUCGAGAUGAUGAAGAAAGGCAAAUGUCUGCGCUGCGUCAUCCAUAUGCCGAAGUAGAUCGCUUGCAUAUGAAGAGGUCGGUACGGUUGCCAGUUCUCGGUAGCGCACGAGGCAUAGAACGAAUGUCAUGGAAGCCUAUUUCACCAGGACAAAUUCUCUUCUCACUCUCUCCUUUCUUUCUCUCAUGAAUGGGAGAUUCUCUUUGCUGAGCUGCCAAUCAAAAAUUGAGACUUCUGAAAUGUGAGGCUGGGUCUUGCCAUCUGAAUGCCUUUCAGCACCAUAAUAAAAAAAAAUUCCAUCCAUAUUUCCAGAUAUUGAUCGUAUCAUAUGAGAUUCAUGUCUGGGAAGAUAAAUCAACUACUGUCUUGGACUCUGGGAACAGUUGUUAGAUUGAAGUUGACAAACCAUGCGAGGAAAAAAAGGUCGGUGAAGUUGCAUGAUAAUCAAUAGACUGAAGGCGUUUAUGAAAACGACAAAUAAAAAAAAUUGGUAACCAAUAACAAAAAUUUAUAAAACGAGAAAAAAAAAAAUCUGUUGAUAAGUAGCUCAGUUGCAAAUUGAAAUCCACAAAAAAAAAAAAA